CCACCGCCAUGGUGAGGCUCGUGCUGCCCAACCCCGGCCUGGAAGGCCGCAUCCCAUCCCUGGACGCACUGGAGGGCCUGGAGCAGGCGGAGGCCAGUUCCCGGCCCAAGUGGGACAACAAGGCCCAGUACAUGCUCACCUGCGUGGGCUUCUGCGUGGGUCUCGGCAAUGUGUGGCGCUUCCCCUACCUGUGCCAGAGCCAUGGAGGAGGUGCCUUCAUGAUCCCGUUCCUCAUUCUGCUGGUGCUGGAGGGCAUCCCCCUGCUGCACCUGGAGUUCGCCAUUGGACAGCGGCUGCGCAGCGGCAGCGUGGGCGUGUGGAGUGCCAUCCACCCCGCCCUGAAGGGCAUCGGCGUGGCCUCCAUGUUCGUGUCCUUCGUGGUGGGGCUGUACUACAACACCAUCAUCGCCUGGGUCAUGUGGUACUUCUUCAACUCCUUCCAGGAGCCCCUGCCCUGGAGCCAGUGUCCGCUCAGCGAGAACCAGACAGGUCUGGUGGACGAGUGUGCCCGGAGCUCAUCCGUGGACUACUUCUGGUACCGAGAGACGCUGAACAUCUCCACCUCCAUCAGCGACUCGGGAUCCAUCCAGUGGUGGCUCUUGCUGUGCCUGACCUGCGCCUGGAGCGUCCUCUAUGUGUGCACCAUCCGUGGCAUCGAGACCACCGGCAAGGUAGCGCUGGGCCUCCCGGGCUGCAGGAGCCGGGGUGCAGGGCUCCCGGGAGCCCCUGGGCACUGCCUCUUGGGGCUCUGUCUGGCGCAGGUCACGGAGCUGGCCAACCCGGUCACCUGGCUGGACGCAGGAGCCCAGGUCUUCUAUUCCUUCUCUCUGGCCUUCGGAGGCCUUAUCUCCUUCUCCAGCUACAACUCUGUACACAACAACUGCGAGCUGGACUCGGUGAUCGUGUCGGUCAUCAAUGGCUUCACGUCGGUGUACGCAGCCACUGUCGUCUACUCCAUCAUCGGCUUCCGCGCCACCCAGCGCUACGAUGACUGUUUCGGCACGAACAUCCUGACGCUCAUGAACGGCUUCGACCUGCCGGAAGGCAGCGUGACACAGGAGAACUUCACGCAGGUGCAGCAGCAGUGCAAUGCCUCCGACCCCGCAGCCUAUGCGCAGCUGGCCUUCCAGACCUGCGACCUCAACUCCUUCCUCUCGGAGGGCGUGGAGGGCACGGGCCUGGCCUUCAUCGUGUUCACUGAGGCCAUCACCAAGAUGCCGGUGUCCCCGCUGUGGUCCGUGCUGUUCUUCAUCAUGCUCUUCUGCCUGGGCCUGUCGUCCAUGUUCGGGAACAUGGAGGGCGUCGUCGUGCCCCUGCAGGACCUCAAGAUCAUCCCCCCAAAGUGGCCUAAGGAGCUGCUCACAGGCCUCAUCUGCCUGGGCAUGUUCCUGGUGGCCUUCAUCUUCACGCUGAAGUCCGGCCAGUACUGGCUCUCCCUGCUGGACAGCUACGCCGGCUCCAUCCCGCUGCUCAUCAUUGCCUUCUGUGAGAUGGUUGCCGUGGUCUACGUAUACGGCGUGGAUAGGUUCAACAAGGACAUCGAGUUCAUGGUCGGCCACAAGCCCAACAUCUUCUGGCAAGUCACGUGGCGCGUGGUCAGCCCGCUGCUCAUGCUGGUCAUCUUCUUCUUCUUCUUCGUUGUUGAGGUCAGGAAGGAGAUGACCUACAGCGUCUGGGACCCCGGCUAUGAGGCGUUUCCCAAGGCCCAGAAGGUCUCGUACCCAGGCUGGGCGUAUGCGGUGGUGGUGAUUGUGGCCGGGGUGCCCUGCCUCACCAUCCCGGGGAUUGCCAUCUACCAGCUGCUCCGGAGACGCUGCCGGAGGCCGGGGGACCGCCAGGGGCUAGUCGGCACACAGUCCAUGGCCUCCGUGAAUGGAGACCUGAAGUACUGA